CAUGUAAAAAAAAAAAAGCAUAGUUUAAAAAUAAUUUUAGAUUAAAAAGGACGAAGAGCAAGGGGGGAAAUGAAAUUUAGAAUCUGCCCUAAUCAUCAUAACUGGAAGAACCUCUUAUCGAAGGCGCGAAACUUGAUCAGUGUUGGACGCGCUUCAUCCGCCGCCUUCGCCAACGCCAUGGGUGACGUUCAGAUCCACAAGACCAAACUCUGCAUCAUCGGAAGCGGCCCCGCCGCCCAUACCGCCGCCGUCUACGCCGCCCGUGCAGAGCUGAAGCCUAUCCUCUUCGAGGGCUGGAUGGCCAACGACAUCGCCCCCGGCGGCCAGCUCACCACCACCACUGACGUCGAGAACUUCCCCGGCUUCCCCGACGGCAUCCUCGGCGGCGAGCUCAUGGACCGCUGCCGGAGCCAGUCCCUCCGCUUCGGCACCGAGAUCCACACCGAGACCGUCUCCAAGGUCGAUUUCUCCGCCCGUCCUUUUAGGGUUUUCACCGAUUCCCGCACCGUCGAGGCCGAAUCCGUCAUCGUCGCCACCGGCGCCGUUGCCAAGCGCCUCCCCUUCCCCGGCUCCGGCGAUGGCCCCGAUGGCUACUGGAACCGCGGCAUCUCCGCGUGCGCCGUCUGCGAUGGCGCCGCGCCGAUCUUCCGGAACAAGCCACUGGCGGUGAUCGGCGGCGGGGACUCGGCGAUGGAGGAGGCCACCUUCCUCACCAAGUACGGUUCCGAGGUUUACAUAAUUCACCGCAGGGAUACAUUCAGGGCUUCGAAGAUUAUGCAGAGCAAGGUUAUGGGCAAUAGCAAGAUUAAGGUGAUUUGGAAUUCGGUGGUGGUUGAGGCUUUUGGGGGCGGAGAUAACAAGAGGGUGCUUGGGGGAUUGAAGGUGAAGAAUGUGGUGACUCGAGAGGUAUCUGAAUUGAAGGUUUCUGGGUUGUUUUUCGCAAUUGGGCACGAGCCCGCAACCAAGUUCUUGGACGGGCAGCUUGAAUUGGAUUCUGAUGGAUAUAUAGUGACGAAGCCGGGGACGACGAAGACCAGUGUUGAGGGAGUGUUUGCUGCUGGGGAUGUUCAGGACAAGAAGUAUAGGCAAGCUAUUACUGCUGCUGGCACUGGAUGCAUGGCAGCUUUGGAUGCAGAACAUUACCUACAAAAUGUUGGUUUACAACAAGAUAAGAGUGAUUGACUAGCUUGGGUGUGUCCAAAGAUCAGAAGAUGCUUAAUCAGAAGCAAUGUUUAAUUCCUAUAGAAGAAUGGAUGCAUCCUACCAGAAUCUUCAUUUGUGGGUUGCGACAUUCAUAUUUUUAUUGCAGAGCGAGACUUGCAUUAUUUUUUAAGCAGUGAUGCUCACGUGCACAAGUACAUGUAUUAUGAUUAUUGGGCUUAUGUUACGUGCAUUAUUGUGACGAUGCAGAGAUAUUUGCUUGCCCGGUGCAACUCAUGCAUUCAUAGACAGGUAUUGCUACCGUUCAUAGACUGCUAUGUGCUAUCCUAUCCAGUCCUUUUUUUUUAAGGGAAAAAAAAACGGUUUGCUCUUCAGGAAGGGGUAACUCAAACUAUGUUCAGUUUUUAGAUUGGAAAAUUUUAAAAGUCCAUCAACUCAAUUUGACCUGAUA